AUGGCGGAAAGUAGAAAUUCAAAUGAAUUGAUCGAAGAAGCUUGUAGGAAAUUGUCAGAGAAACUAAACUUCCCGUUCAAAUUAAAAACCGAGCAACGCAAUGCAUUGGAGUCACUGCUUAACGGGAAUGAUGUUCUUGCUGUUUUACCAACGGGAUACGGCAAGAGUCUGAUAUUUCAGUUGUAUAUUUUGGUUGCCCAAAUUGAAAGGAUCAAAAGAACUGCUUUAGUUGUUUGCCCUUUACGAAGCAUCAUUGACGAUCAAAUUGGCGAGGCAAGAGGUUUUGGUAUUUCCGUUGCAUCGCUAGCUGAUCUGUCCGAAGACGAGUUAAAAGCAAGUGAAUUCGAACUUUUAUUUGGUUCAGCUGAGACAGUUUUGGAUAAACGAUUCCUGGAUAUUUUAAAGGACCCCGACGCAUCGUUAAACCGCGUUUUGUCUGUAAUUGUCAUUGACGAAUCUCACACGGUGGAAAUGUGGACAGGACAAAGGUGUCGUUCUCGUAUUAUGAUACGUAAUAUAAUCAGUUUAAUUAAUACCUAAAAAAAUAAAAAAUUGACAACCUUUGCUUAUGUUAUGUAUUAAUGUAAAUAAUUAUAGAUUUGUGUUAUUAUAUUUGUGAUUUUAUGUAUUUAUAGGUCAAGAGGAAAAAAUCUCAGCACCUCCGGUGGUGGCUUUCGUGAAGCAUUUGGGAAGUUGUCUACCUUACGGUCGUUUUGUAAGCAAGGUGAGAUCCGAUAUAUUACAUUGUAUAUAUUAUACUGUGUAUAAAAUAUACAUGAUGUUUAUACUAGGAGUGUGUCAACACCGGGCAAGCUGAAAUGUUUGCUUGACUGCGGUGGGAAUUGAACCCACAACCUUUGGUCAAUGACCAACCUCGUAGCUCGGUUGGUAGAGCAUUGGACUAGCAAAACCCCAAGAUUUUCAGGGAAGAGUUUGAGAACCCCUGCAAAUUCUUUGUAUUUUUCAUCAGUUCAAUUUUCAACUGGCCCAAACUCUCUAAAUGUCAUUGUUUUCAAUACCUAUUUGGUCACUUGUUCCCUUGACUGCCUCUUGUAUUUUUGGCCUCCAAUAUCUCGUAUGUAUUAGUUUCCCAAUAUAAUUUACUUUUUUCAGGAACACAUGUACUUGCAAUAACAGGCACUGCAGAUGAUGAAACACAAAAGGUGAUAAUCAAAGGACUGAGCCUAAAACAGACCAAACGGUUUUAUGUGAGCCCAAAUCGUCCAAACCUUAGAAUUUCUGUGAUCAAAUGCAAAAAGCAGGAAAUGUUUACAAACUUGGAAUGGCUAAUCAGGUUGGUGAAGGAACAAGGAACUGCUACACCAAAAUCUAUUAUAUUUUGUAAUGGUUCGCUGACUGAUAUUGCUGCUGUGUUCAACCAUAUGUUACUACAGUUGGGAAGUUAUGCAUAUUUCCCACAAGACAGCCAAACUUCACCAAUUGCAAACUGUCUUGUAGGAAUUCAUCAUUCCUUGACUUUGCAAAAGUAUAAAGACAGGAUCACAAACUCUUUUAAGGGCAAUGGAAAAAAGAGAAUUAUUAUUGCAAGUUCAGCACUUAGCAUGGGAGUAAAUUUCCCAGACGUGCGAUACGUUAUUCAUUGGGGACCAUCACGUAACAUGUUGGACUAUCAUCAACAGUCUGGUCGGGUCGGGAGAGGCAACAAACCCACCCAAGUGCUGACCAUUUAUUAUGGACAACAGAUAAGUUUCUGUGAGGAGAAUGUCAAAGCAUUUCUGCGUACAACCAGCUGUUACAGAAUUGAAGCUUAUAAGCCUUUUGACAGAAAUAUUACACCAGUCAAACCUGCUCAUGCAUGUUGUAGGAAUUGUGCAAAAACAUGCAAAUGCUCAGAUGGGGAAAAUGAGUGUUCAGAAAUGGUACCUGUGUUUGAAGUGGAAAAAAAUGAUGAUGUUUUGCCACCAACUACACAUCUUUCCCGACCAAUCUUUUCAUCUGAUAAAGAGGACCUACAUGACGGACUACAUGAAAUGGUUCAGGUAAUCCUUCCAACAAUGAGGUUAUUGAAUGAGAACAUGUCAGAUGGUUAUGUUGAUGAAUUAAUAGUUGACAUUGUGGAUAAUGCCCACACUAUAUUUACCAUAGUGGAUGUUAUAAAAUACUUGCCAGUAUUUGCUUUUCAACAUGCUAUCAAAAUCCUAGAAAUAUUCCAUGAUAUAUUUGAAGAUAUACCAAACCUUGAUAUAAUGGUUGAAAUGUUUGGCAGAAAUGAACCAACUUUAUAUGACAUACCCCAGCCUGUAGAAUACACAUUUGAUGAUAUUGACUCAGAUGACCAAAUGGAAACUGAAUGUGACUUUGAAUAAAUGUCAUGAGUAAGUACAGGUAUUGUAUUAUAUUUAACCAAUAUAAAACAUUUUCCAUGUUGACAUAAUUCAUUACAUUACAUUAUUAUUCAGCUCACUUCCCAUUGGGGCUUUCCAUUGGACCGAUUCCAUCAAGUAAUGUAUGACGCUCAUGUUACCGAUACUUACUAUAGCAUGAGUAUUUAUCUUUACAACAAUUGAGAUAUAACUUUCCUAACUGUGUUUAUCCUAACCCACCCUCGGCUGUCAACUUUCCCUGUGGGAGGAAACCGGAGCGCCCCUCUCUCCUCUGCAGAGCCUCCUUAAGUAUUUACAAAUAACUUACAUGAAGUUUCCUGAAUAAAAGUGAGCGUGCGCGGUGAUGGUAUUUAGCUCUUCCCAUCACUCCUUGCACGCUCACUUUUCCCUCACUGGAAACUUCGUGUAAGCCUCUGCAGAGGAGAGAGGGGGGACGCCCAGCUGAGAAAACCCACAACUUUCGCCAGAGCGUUGACUGACUCUUUUCACAUGAGUCCGUAGCGAGAAUCAAACCCACAAUCUCAAGAGGUGAAAGGCGCUUGCUCUGACUACUGCAAAUUGAGAAAGUGGGAAUUGAGAAAGUGGGAAUUGGGAAAACAAGAAUUGUUUGGAAACACAACACCUGAAGGGUGGAGUGUUUUCACACAAUUUUGAAUUUUCCCAAUUUCCAUGAGUGCUGAUAUAACUGUAUACCAUUACGGAAAAAUGUUUUAUAUUUUUUUAUAAUAUAGCACAAAGAAAUGUAAUGAAAGAAAUUUUAUGUGUUGAUAUUGAGUUAUAUCAACACAGCUCUUAGCCAAUCAGCGUUCAGAAUUUACAAAUGUUAUAUUAUGAACUUUUGUAAACUAUAUAAAUUUUUGUCAUUUACUCUUUCUUGAAUAUAUAGAUUGCCAUAGUUUCUUUUUCUCAGACAUCCAUUCAUGUAGAUUUCUGUAAUCUAAAUUUACAAUCUUGUUUUCAAAGUCAGGAAAUGAUGCAUGGCCAUGUCUACCCGGGGUGAAUUUGAACGCUUUGAUUGAUAACAAAGCAGAUGUGAUUUGCAUCACUGAUUCUGUAUUAUUGCCACUGGAUCUAUAUCCUUUACGCUCUUGUAAAUUACAUUCUUUGUCAAUAGACUCAAUUAGUCUCUCUAGAUUCUCUAGUGCUUCAGCUACCCGUGAUGCGCUUGCUUUAUUUAAAUUUGACCCCAGUGCCCUCCAGAUGGUUUUCAGAACUUUGUUCUGUUGUUCCUUUUUUAGGUCUAAUGAGAUAUUUCCACCUAGACGACCAUAUUUGUUAUAGAAUCUGUUCCACAUGAGGUUAUGAGCUUCAAAUUCAGAAUAGAUAGCUGCAAUUUUAACAAGGUAAAGAAGCACAACAUAUGAAUAUUUAGUAUGACCCCCAGAUUUGUACAGUAGCAAUGCCAACUUGUAAAUAUCAUGCAGUCUUUGGCCAUCACCCUCUUGUACAUCAUCAUUGAAAUCAAAUAGAAUCAUACCAAACUUAAGCUUUGCACAGUGGUAGUUGUACAGGUGGUCAUUGAUAAUGGGGUCUGGAGUAUCAUUGACAGAAGUGUCUUCUUCAGGAGUAAAUUGUAGAUGAUUUUUUUUCUCAUGCCUAAAAUAGCAAAAUUAUGGUUUAGUCAUUUAUAACAUCAUACACAUAUCCAGUCACAUUCUAUCAGAAAAACAAAAUAUUGACAUCCUCAUGAAUUGCCUUAAUUGCCAACUACAUGUGGGUGUCGUUGCAAUGGGUCGGUUCAGAAAAGAUCCACACUCCCCCCAUGGAGGGAGGGGAGAAAAUUCAUAUAUAAUAAUAGUAAAUGUCAUAUUUUCAAUCGCUACUCCGGUUUAAUUAAAUGAAUGCAAAGCCUAGUCAAAUCAAUUAGACAUUGUAAGGGGGUUAAUCUCAAAUUUCCUCUGUGGGAGAGACAUGUAUGGAUGUUUUCUGUAAUGGCCCAAUAACAUAAUGUGGGAUAUGUAUAUAUUUUUUUGCAAAAUUACCUGUUCCUUGUCGCUUUAGUACUAAAGACAUGGCCACAAUCAGCACGGCAAAAAUAGUAUCCAUACUCAUCCCUAAUCUGUCCAUUUCGAUCAUUGUUCAUUUGAUGUGCACUGAUCUCAUGACUAAAAUUGACAUAAAUAUUUUAAAAAUUGUUUGUUUUCAUUCAUUAUCAUGGAUAGUAUUAUUAGUAAUAUUUAUUAUUUACUUGCAAUUGCAGAUGACUUAAGUAAUGUAUAAAAGAUACAGAUUAAUAUGGCUGAGAGUGGAUCAAAGGCAUAUCAAAUGCACAUCAGUCAAAGCAUGGCUACGAUAUUGGCUGGAAAUAACUGGAAAUACGUCAACUGACUUACAGUAGUUUUGUAUCGAAUCUAUAACAUAUAGAAUCUCAGCCGGGACAAGUAGAGCUUCUCUACUUGUCUGAUAUGGUUUCAAUUGGAGUAGUACCUAAUUAGUAUAGGAUGUUUUCUACUUCUUAAAGUGGAAGUCAAGUCCGUUCUGCGCAUCGGUUCUGUUCAUAACAAUGUGAGGGCCUCUAUUAAAUGUGAACAUUGCCCUAAUUUCGAAUGUUUCGAUUUUUUAUGAACAUAAACUCUAUUUCAUAUUCAUUUAGAAGCAUAGCGAACCAAAAUGGUGUUAGAUAUUCAGACAGCACAUCAUAUUUUAAAAAAUACAUCAGUUCAAAAUGUAAACAAACCGUUUGUUUACAUAUGGACUUGACUUCCACUUUACAUAUCAGUCACCUUACUCUUCCUGAGUGAUAAACAAAGGCUUUAUCACAUUUUUCAACUCUGCAUUUGUAUUUCCCAAGAGAUGCAAGUUCCAACUGGUUUGUCUGCUGUAUCAAGUUAUCAAGAUCUUCAGAGUCAAAACAAUAUCUGUCUAUGAAGGAUUCACACAGACUGAGCAACCACUCUCCUUUUGUUUGCUUGUUGGUUAAGUUACUUGGUAAAUUUAUAGUCUUAGGAGUCCCUUAAAAUAAAAUCAUGGUGAAAAUAAAACAUUGUACUAAAAAUGUUUUCAACAUAUCUUGAUACGGUUUGAUAAUCAUACUUAUAAAUUUGGGUAAUUAUAAUAUAAUUAUAUAAGCAGUAAUGUGCCAUACAGUACAUUAUUCUUUUAUUUAGUCUAACACCGCUUACUGUUUACUGUAGGAGAGAGGUUUUACUUGUCAAUGAAAGACCAUUGCUCAUUAUCAGACUAAUUAUUACUGUAACCCUUUAAGUGGCCAUGUCCCUUCAUGCUCCCUACUUUAUUUUUUUACUGUCUAAUGCCAGACGAUUUUUCUCAUCAAAGACAAGGGAAGAGUGCUGCCACUCAAUGGGUUAAUCACACUACAUGUAUUAGUGUCUUUAUAGCAUUAUUUUAUUUACCAUUUGUAUCUUCCAUCCCAGUCAUUUCCAUAAAGGCAGAACAAAUAUGAGCCUCUAACUCACACUGAUGGAACUCUUUGUAUUCAUUGUAUUUCUUCCCUGGUCCAGCUGAUGCAUUUGUUUUUCGAGUUCUAUUCAUGCUUGCCUUCGUUGUGCCAAGCUCAUUCCCAGAAUCAGAUUUGCAAAACAUGUUAAAUUCCAUCUGCAAUUAGUAGUAAAUUAGCAAUUAAUGUAAUCAACAUGUUGUUUAAUCAGGGUGCAUGCAGUGCAUUGCCCCCCUUGCCAAUCUCAGGGUACAUUCAGACGCAUUGCCACUUAAUGAGUUAAAACUUAUAAUGCUUAUCAAAUAUUUAAGUAGACGCUGCAAUGCCCCAUACCGAAUCACAGUACUUUACUCUAAUGCCAAACAAAUUUCUCAUCAAGGGGAAAGUGUUAGUGGAUAAAUACAUUUUAAAGAUUUGAAUAGAUUUAUGCAGGAAAGACAAAAUAAUUAAAAAAAAACAAACCUCGUACAAGUUUACUUUUCCAUGCCAGUCAGCAAACUCGGGAUUAAGCCCCUUGAUACUGUCAAAUUCAUUGUCACCAUCCUGAAAUGUCCAUAUAACAUUCCUGGCUCGCUCUUCAAAUAAUUGGUCUCCAUGGAAAGGAAUGGGUGUGAUAACUUUUUUUGACUCGCCCUUUCCACAAGAGGGAACAUACUUGUUUUGAUUUUUUAUUAACAGUUGUGCCAUCUCUCCUGCAAUGUUUGGAUUAUAAAAUUCCAUCCCAAGACAACACUAUAAUAUUUAAGAGAAAUAUAUAUUUGUAAGAACACAUGAAAGCACAAAAUUUUAUCCCUAACACAAGUGCUUGCCCAAGCAUAUAAGCCUUGGGUGCAUUGGAAAUAUUACACCUUGCAGUCUGACUGUAUGUGAUCAUGUGAUCUCUCAUAAUUUGCACACUUUAUACUAUUAAAUGACUACCCUUGUCAGCACUGAAAAAAUACAAACUUCUGCACAUACAUAUCAGUUCCUUUCCCUUAUGCAUUUAUUAAUUAAAACUCACAAUUUCUGACUUUGUUGAAGCCUCUUUAGAGUAUUGAUGAGGUAUGUGGUUAAUUACAACAUUUCUCAGGAACGCAAAAUCUUUGAGGUGCUUGGUUACUACACGGCUAACAAGAAUUGCCCAUGAAUGUUUUAGUCGAGACUGAAUGGUAGCAGUUGGCAAAAUAUCUAGUAGCUGGAGCUGAUCAAGACUUUGUCGAGGCUUUGUAUUGUCCAGACAAGGGUCAACAACACUAUCUCUUAUUACAGUCUGGUGAGUCCAGUGGAUUGAUUGGUUUCCAUGUUCCUUUGUUUGAAUCCGAGCAUUAAUUUCGUGGACAAUGUUAUCACCAACUAAUCUAUUAACAACAAGACGCCUACUCAGGCGUUCACUCCGGGUACAGGGCCUUAACUAAGCGCAAAGCUACUUUAACGUAUGCUUCUAUACGGCAAUGAAGGUAUCUUUAAUGCAUGAUAUUUAGCAUAUUAAAGUUGGAAAAGUGGGAGAACUACACCACUUGACCAGGUGACUAAAAACAUAUGCAAUGAUCAUAAUAUUUUAUAACAUAAAAAUAAAAGGAUAUUGUGACACUAAUUAUCUCUAAUAAAAGCUAUCUAGUUCUUUAUUAAAAGUUCUAUUUAAAACAUGCGUAGGAGUGUUUUUUCAAGUCGUAUAUAAUAAGUCGGAGGCCGUAUUUUACAAAUAUUUUAUGGUUUUUUUUAUUGUCGAGGGUAGAAAUUCGAGGGUGAAAAGCUUGAGGGUACAUUUUAAUAAUUUAACAAAAUAAUAAUUUAAGUUCGUGUUCACUUACUUUACUUUUAAUUUUUAGCUCUUAUUUUUAUAUGCAAUUAUUAAUUUUUUAUAUGCGAUUACUUUUUAUAUGACGAAAUAUUACUACAUAAAAAUAGACAUGCCGAUCAAAAGCGACAGUCGAGAUAUUUUCAAACGGCGUGGUGCAUUAAUAUCUGCGUUAUCUCGGAUUGCAUGUCGCAAAUUAUUGUAUCAGUCUAUAUGGUCUAUUGAAUCAAAGUAAUCAGGACUUGUUUACACCUUUCCAUUGCCAUACGCCUUUUCCGUGUUCGCGACGCCAUCUUCAAAGUAUUGUUUUCGCUAUUGUGCUUGCCCCACUUGCAAAUUUACCUAUUGGCAAUGCCCGCAAAUUUCUACCCUCGACAAUAAAAACCAUAAAAUAUUUUAGAAAUACGACCCCGGACUUUUUAUAUAUGACCCUCGACUUUUUUAUAUAUGAUUUUUCGACCCUCGCUUCCCACCCUCGACCCUCGAGAAGAACUCCUGAAACUGAAUUACUAAAAAUAGCUAACGUAAACAAACCACAUUUAUCAAACACGCAAAGAAAAUUAUUUAAAAAGUAAUAUAUUGUUAGUCGUGUCAUAUAGUUAAUUGUCAACACUUUUUCAAUGCAUGGUAGUAAGUUUAUAACUGGCACCAAGUUAUGUUGAUAUUUUGUUUAUACAGAUUGAUUGUUUUAAUUUGUAAGGCUUCUGUAAGUUCGUUAUUAUCAAACGUUUAGAUUGUUCUAGUAAUGAUUUUACUUUAAGACCAAGACAAUGCAGCUGUCGAGACCGAGUUUUAGUACUCUAUAAAUAAAACAUUAAACUGUGUAAUAGAAGUGAUAGUGUUGGGUAAAGCUAUCUAUAGUUAUAUAUAUUUUAUACGCGCUUUUGUCUAAUUCAAGCGUGGUAGACAAUAUUGCCAAUAUUGUUGUGGUUUGCGAUAUAGGCCGUAUUCCCUGGCCCCAAAAGUCGCUUAGAAAACGAUUUUUGUUGCCCCCCUUCGGGCACUACUUUAAAUUUACAUGAAUCUAUAGAUUUUUAUACGCUGAGUUCGAAUUCACUUGUUGUCACUCGCACAAACCUGCAGUUUUUUUGUAUUUUACGAUCAAACAUCAACAUUUUUUAUUAAAACUUCCGCCAUUUUGUUCAGGAAACUUCAUGUUAUAUACAAUUAUUGUACUAGUUCAAGUCUCUUAGCAGGGGGGGUUGCACGCGGUAUUACGCAUUUUUGUCAUUCUUCUGAGGAAAAUAUACAGAAAUAAAUAAAAAUAUAGAUAUGUUUCCACAAUAUUAAAGUGCGAAAGGUAAUAAUACAUGUUUGUAAAUAAUCAGGAAAUAAUCUACUGUUCUUGUCAUCCAUAAAGACUCACUUGUCCUUGGUAAAGUUGUUUAUUUUAUUUAUUAUUGAAAUUAUGUACAUAAUGUUAGCCUUGCAAUAUGAAUAGGCAAUUUUCCUGGGUAUUCUCUACCUGAAAAUUUUGUCAACAAUAAAAUUUUGAAGGUUUUAUCCCUCAGAGAGAUUUCAAAAUAAAUUUUAACUUUGAAACUUUCUAAUCUCCUAGGCGAACCAGCCCAGGUAAUCCGAGUUGAUUUCAUCCCAUGUUUACAAGAGACUUUUAAUUGAGGCGGGCUGGCUCGCAAAAACAGAUCAUUGGUAUCACUGCUAUAAAUAGUAUAAUAUAAUACUUUUUACUUCUCAAGAUCUUGCCUAGACAGGCCAGCCCAGUUCCAUAUAAAUGCAAGAUGAAUAUUAGUUUAAAUUACAUAGCGACGUUAGAUCUUGGCAAAGCGAGCUGGCUUGGGUACCCCCUAUAAAGGAAAUGAUGAAUAGAUUAUUAUUUAAUGCCCAGCUGUUAUCCAAGAUCUAAGGCAUGGAAAAAAGAGUCUUGGCUAGGCAGCUAGACUAGCCCAACUGGAAAGAAGGUUUAUGUAACUAAUGCAUAUAGGUAGGUAUAGUGAUGCCAGGUUACUUUAAAUUUCUAGUGCCUGCCUGGCCAAAUAUAAAUUAAUAAAUUAUCCCUUCUCCAAGUGCUUGGUAAUGAGUGGCAGCUCAAAUAGGAUUAGAGCUUAUUAAGGUGAUGAUGUAUCAUGACAAUAUGUUGUUAAACCUCAAAUGGCUCGACCAGUUCAUGUCUUUAGGUGGCAUGACUUUGAGAUUUGCUUGUGUGAAUAUAAUUUUUUGCUUAGUACCUUUGUUCCAGCAAGCCCAUGCAUAUGCUUGCCUCAACAGUGUCAUAUAAAUUGAAACACCAAGCAAGCUUCUUGUAUUAUAGCUGUAAUCAAUUGGGGCUAUGUUCUGUAUGGCCACCAUUUGCUAAUGUAAAUACUUUAAUAACAAUAAAUUGAUUAAAAAAUAUUGCUGGGUUAAAACUCUAUAUAAACAGACCAAAAGUAGGCUUUCAGUCUGUCUUAGAGUGAAAGAUAUCUUCCAAAAGUUUUUUUUAUAAAGCUCAAUGUCAUGAUAGCAAAAAUUUUAUGAUAAUACAAGAAAAUGGAACAUACCUGUACCAUAGUUAAUAGAAUAGAUGGUUUGGAAACUCAUCAGAGUAACAAUAUAACUCAUUAUCUAUGUUAGUCAAUGUUUACAGAGGUGUAACUUAACACUUGCCCGGGGCAAGUGAAUAUCAUGACAGGCAAGUAAAUGUUUUAUCUUGCCCCCGAUUGGGCAAGUUGCCUCUUGUCACAAAAAGCUCGGCUUUCAUUAUCGGAUAUUUUUUUUAUGGUGCAUGUACUUGAUUCAAAUUUUGUUUUUUGUGGGCCAAAGCUAGAUCUAAGGAAGGAUAACAUAGCCAUAUAGAGCAGUGGGAGAAUGAGUCGACAUGUUGCCCCCUUGAUUUAUACCCCCUGGCAAAUUGCCCUGAAAGCAAGUGGUCAAAAAAAAAAGUUUCACCACUGGUUUAUUCAUAAAUCUGGUCUCUGUAUUUUUACCCAACUAACCAAUAGCAAUGUCUUAGGAAAGUUACCUAUCUGUGACUCGAACAAUAAGGUAAAUUGAAAAUUGCAAGAAUACAAGGUGGAUUUGGCAAGAAUACAGUAUACACAUGAGGAUGAAGGACCAGAUUUAUGAAUAACGUUGACUAACAUAAAUAAUGAGUUUCAGCCAAACCAUCUAUUCUAUUAACUGUGAUGGAACUCGUUAUGUGCAGAUUUAUUAAAUGGAUGAGCUAAUUUGAUUGAGGUCAACUGCUACUAAUAGGCAAUGGACUAUUUGUGUUAAUAAAUUAUCUAGGUGACUAUACUAUAGGUCUAACAUUUUAUACUAAACAACAAAUAGGUGACAAGGUCUAACAUUAAUUAAACAACAAGUAUAUUGUGCUCCUUAUUCAUUGUUAACAAAAAUUUGAAAGAAAAAUUGCCUAUUCACAUUGUAAGGCUAAAAUUAUGUACAUAAUUUCAGUAAUAAAUAAAAUAAACAACUUUACCAAGGACAAGUCAAGUGAGUCUUUGUGGAUGUAGUGACAGUCUUUGAAAUUUCACAUCAAGGUGAGGCAAAAAACCCAAAAGUUGGUGCAAUAAAGAAUAGUAGAUUAGUUCCUGAUUAUAUACAAACAUGUAUUAUUACCUUUUGCAUUUUAAUAUUGUGAAAACAUAUCUAUAUUUUUAUUUAUUUCCGUAUAUUUUCCUCAGAAGAAUGAUAAAAAUGCGUAAUACCGCGUGCAACCCCCCCUGCUAAGAGACUUGAACUAGUACAAUAAUUGUAUAUAACAUGAAGUUUCCUGAACAAAAUGGCGGAAAUUUUAAUAAAAAAUGUUGAUGUUUGAUCGUAAAAUACAAACAAACUGCAGGUUUGUGCGAGUGACAACAAGUGAAUUCGUACUCAGCGUAUAAAAAUCUAUAGAUUCAUGUGAAUUUAAAGUAGUGCCCGAAGGGGGGCAACAAAACUGAACAAAAAGCGGUCAGGGAAUACGGCCUAAUAUAAAUUGCCUCGCGAAUCGAAGACUUUCAGAUAUGUCAUAUGUCGAAUAGAUUUGUGCGUUGUUUGUACUUCAAUUUUGGCCACGAGGCACAAAUUAGGGAGACUUAAAGAACACGAGUGACGAGUGUUAACACAAUUUAACUACGUACAGUGUUGACAAAAUUUAAAAAUACCGGGCUAACGUCAGUAACGAACCAUCCAGUUGUCGAUCAGAAUUAGCUUUCCAAUAACGGCAACCGCUACUAAACACGCGAGAAAGUCUCGAAUUUCGAUUUGUAUUUAUAUGAACUGUGGUCAUUGUAUAAGAACGAGUGUAUGAGAACCCCUCCAUUUGAUAAUAUUUACUGUAAAUAGAACUAAAUACAUUGUAAACACAACGCUCGCUCCGAUCUACUACGAAUGGCGGCUAUUUUUAGAUAUUUCGUAUUUUUGUAGUGCGUUGCGUGCGUUACGUACGGUGCACCUGUGGAAGUGCACACUUGCGUCGCCUAAGAAAAAAGAUUGGCCAUUUUAAUACUCCGGUACUUACAGUACCCGGAGUAAUAAAUGUAAAUCAAUGUGUGAAUAAAAAAAAAAAUUGAACCAAACAUAUCAGAUGUUCAUAUUGGAGAGUAAGCACUUUCAAACUUUCCACUAUGAUAUUGUAACAAAUUAAAUGGCAGAUACAGAAGAGAGGGGGGCUUAUAUUCAUUGGGAAUUAUGGUUCGGAGCAUCUGGACCCCCACUUUCCAUAGGGACCAAUCUUGUAACAGGGAUACUACUUAAGGAAGGGGCAGAGGACGGGCAAAAGGAAACACGCCUGAUUGCAGCAAUAUCAUUUGGGGGGGGGGUCUUACUGGUCUAGGUUUAUGAUAUUCAAUAGGAAACAAUCAAUCUCAAAAUCAUGCAUAACAGAUAAAUUGCAAACUUACUUAAAGAAUGGAAAAUUAAACUUUUUGUGAUCAGUUAUCACUUGGUCCAGCACUUCAUUAGAGAUAAUGUCCACAUUCUUCUUUUCUUUUUCUGAUUGCAACAUAUCAGUUAUACGAGUGAAAGAUUCAGGUGUAAAAUGUUGAUACCUGCUAAGUUUCUCUUCACAUACAUCAAUAGCAACAAUAUCAUCAUUCGUUACAGGCUGUUUAUCUUUGAUUUCCAUCAUUAAAGCUAGGGUAUCAUGUGGUUUCUCCUCAAGAGAGCUUUUGUAAGAAAGCACUUUGGAAUCAAAGUUUUUUCCUAACUGUCGCUGAAAACUUAUAACCAUAUCUGGGGACAUGCCAACACCUAAUCGGUUCAAUCUGGUCAUAUCUUGAUAAGACACUCCACUGUGAAACAAAAUGCUGGACACUCUGUAUGUCAGAGCAGACAUAGACUUGUUACGAACUCGAGCUAUCGCAGAAGUGGCGAGAGCAACAGAAUUGAUGGCAUUCGUAUUGUCAUACUCGUGCAUUUGUUGCAGCUGAACACUACACGCUCCACUUACGCACGAACUCCAAAGGGGGCAUCUUUCAGUAAUUUCCUUAAUAAUUGUACUGUUCGAAAACGCAAUUAAUUCUUCAGUUGAACGACGCUUCAAAAUAGUGUCAGAAUUACAGUACUGUUUGAACUCAUUGUUAGUAGCGGACCGCACAGCUUUUAGGAUUUCUGGUUUUAAUUCCCGGUGCGUGAGGACAAUGUGGGACACUGCUUUCCAAUUAUUUAAAACUAUGUUCUUCACAAGCCGAAUAGUGUCGUUCUCAUCGCUAGAUGGUACUUUAACAUCGGUUCUUCCACUAGGCCACAAUAUUAACACCUUUACUCGGGUCUGCUUUUGUACUUUCUCUUCGUCGUCAUGACAAAUAAUAUCAUCAAUAUUGAGAAGCGAAUCUUCAUUAUGAUCCUUGUUUAUAGUGUUAUCAAACUGCUUGCCAAGCGAUCUCUUCAGUCUGAUCGUUCCUGUCUUUUGUGUCUUUUUUGAUAUAGGACUUCGCUCUGGAGUAGAAACAGUCGUUGGCAGAGUUCUUUUCGUGCGUGACGUAUUUAUAGUAUCAUGAACCCCUGUGGCUGUAGUUUCGACCUCUUGAUCUCUCAUGAAUAUUGGAUUAAUGGUAUUAAUGUUAUGCAAAAGAAACAAAAACCCUGCACAUGCAUUCCGUAUUUUAGUAGCACAAGGCUUACAAAGUCUUUCUGAUAAAUCGGAUUUUCUCUCCACCUUUAUUCCAAUCGCAUCCACAUUCUGCGCUAAAAUUUGCCCUUCGAAUCCCUUUUUUUUAGAUGCAUUAAAGACAUUUUCAGUGGAUACAGACUUCCAAGAGUCUCCAUACUGAACUCUUAGGGAUAAUUUACAACACCUACAAUAAUCGUUCGAAUUUAGUUUCUUAUGUUUUGCAGUUGGAACUAAAUUUUUAGGUGUUUCGUUUAUAUUCGACAUUGUUGAAAUAUCCUAGAAAUAUCCAGGACAAAGUUGUUUUUGUUGUCAACGCCUGCGAUACAAUGUUAAAACGUAUUUCCGGUCUGCGUUGAUUGGUCAUUAUUAAUUGAUUUGUGACAUGCUAAUUGAAGGGGCGGCACACGAACAUCAUAGGGAUCCUUGCAGGCUCUCUUUCACCCAGAGAGCCUGCUCGCAGGCUACAUAUUUUGCUACUAAGCCUAUGAUAAGCCAUUCCAAAUACUUUACAUAAGAUUCAAAUAUCAGUCUACAUGAAACAUUGAAAGCACAAUUUGAAAGAUAAAUAUGGUAUUAUAUUUUUAAUAUGCAAAUAUAAUUUGACAUUUACAGUCAAU